GCGCAGCGGAAGUAGUCGUGCAGCGCAACCCCCACCCUUAUGUCCCGCCCCCGGCUCUACGCCCCGCCCCCAGCGGAGAGCGGAGCCAAGAUGGCGGCGGAGUUGGAGUACGAAUCUGUGCUGUGUGUGAAGCCGGACGUCAGUGUGUACCGGAUUCCACCCCGAGCCUCCAACCGCGGCUACAGGGCAUCUGACUGGAAAUUAGAUCAGCCUGAUUGGACUGGUCGCCUCCGAAUCACUUCAAAAGGGAAGAUUGCCUAUAUCAAACUGGAAGAUAAAGUUUCAGGGGAGCUCUUUGCUCAGGCACCGGUAGAACAAUAUCCUGGUAUUGCUGUGGAGACAGUGACAGAUUCCAGCCGUUACUUUGUAAUCAGGAUCCAGGAUGGUACCGGGCGCAGUGCAUUCAUUGGCAUUGGCUUCACAGAUCGGGGAGAUGCCUUCGACUUUAAUGUUUCCUUACAAGACCACUUUAAGUGGGUAAAGCAGGAAACUGAGAUUUCCAAAGAAUCUCAGGAAAUGGACAGUCGUCCCAAGUUGGAUCUAGGCUUCAAGGAAGGACAGACUAUCAAGUUGAGCAUUGGGAACAUUACAACCAAGAAAGGAGGUACGUCUAAGCCCAGGACUACAGGAGCUGGUGGCCUAAGCUUACUCCCACCGCCUCCAGGAGGCAAAAUCACUAUUCCCCCACCAUCCUCAGUCGCCAUCAGCAAUCACGUCACCCCACCACCCAUCCCAAAGUCUAACCAUGGAAGUAGUGAUGCAGAUAUCCUUUUAGAUUUGGAUUCUCCGGCUCCCGUCACAGCACCAGCACCAGCUCCAGUUUCUGCAAGCAAUGACCUGUGGGGAGAUUUCAGUACUGCAUCCAGCUCUGUUCCAAACCAGGCACCACAGCCAUCCAACUGGGUCCAGUUUUGAGCAGCACUGCAUUGGCAGGACACUAAGAACAGACUUGAGGGCACCAGUCUUUGAGGGAGGUUAACCCUUUCCCUCCCCAGAACCAAAAUUAAUGGACAAUCUUUUUCAUAGCUUCUCCAUUGUUUUCAAGCUGAUUUAUGUCACUUCCCUGUGUUGUUACUUGCUGUACAGCCAAGAGAGAUCUGUUAUUUCCUGCUCAUUAACAUGGCAGGAGAAUAGUGGAUCUUAUCAUACCUGUGCUGACUGUGCACGGUUCAGAAGGCCAGUGACUUUUUAAGAGGGGAAUAACCUCUAACGUUUGUAAAGAUGUUGUUUGUCUUCUAAAUUCUUGAACUUAUUUCAGAAUCAUCUCAUGACCCUGUGUACCCCUUCAUAAAGACCGUUUUACCAAUUUCAGGGGAGAGAAAAGCCUUGAAAUUUUCUUUUACCCUUUACCCAAGACUCUAAAAAUGGAUGGGCUAAUCUCAUUAUUUACAAAGUUCAGAAUUUUGAAGCUUGGACUGCAUAGUGACUUCAAGACCAGCCUGAACUACAUAGCAAGACUGUGUCUCAGAAAAAAAGUUGAUGGGGCAGGUUUGGAGAAAGCUCUGUGUCUUGGGUGUCUUCUUUCCAGCCUCCUUUGGGCUUCUCUUGUUCAGUGAACAGUGACUAUCCAGUGCUGAGUGCAGCCCGGUUACCCUCUUGAGUGUUUACAUGUCUCUUCCUGAGAUGAAAGGGUUGUGGCGGCAGCACUGCCACUGUGUGUUUCUGUUUUUGCAUAGUGCAGGAACCCUGAGCAGUGGGUGUUUCUAUGAUGGAGAAGGCUCAAGCGCUGUGCUUUCCAAAUCAAAGAAGUGUUGAAUUUCUUGCAGCUGCAUCUGGUUGCUGCAUUGAAAGCACAGCAUUCAUUUGUAGUCACUCUUUUAUUUGACUUAAAAUUGAAGAGUUUAGAGUUUUUAACUUGAUCAGUAGAGCAGAAAGGUUAAAAGCACUUAAUUCCCAUUCAGUACCCACAUUGCCUUGCUGCCUGGGUAUCUGACCCCUUCCCAUAAGCAUUUCUUUUCCAGGCCAUCUGACUCUUCAGUAGAAAGCUGCUAUUACAUAUAUCAUCAUUUAGGAAGGAGGUUGAGGAGUCACAGUUUUCUUUCUGACAGGUUGUGCCUAAGGCUUUGGUAUCCACUACCAAGAAUAUCUUCAAAGCAGGUUGCUGCCCUGCCGUUCUCUUUUCCUCUGCCCCACCAUUCCUUUUACAGUGCUGUGAAGAAGUUCCCUGUCUUGGGGAUUUUUAUUAACUUACCUAUUUUGUUCGUGGACAAUUUGGAGGAUUAAAUAGAAGGAUAUAAUUUCUUUCCUUAGACCUAUUUGGUAUAUACAUUCUGAAGGACAUUCUGUCCUAUAUUUAGUUUCAAAAGGUAUUGUUUUUUUUCUAAACUUUUUCUAACUUGGGGUCCAUUUUUUUUUUUCCAUUGCCUCUUUUUCCGGGCAGCUCUAUUCUUGCAGAGCCAUGGUAAGACAUUUAAAAAUUUCACUAGAAAACACUAAAGAAAAGUCUGUUGAAUCACUAAUGACUACUGGGAACCUGUUUUUCUCAAUCUUCCUCCAUAUUGUGUUCUUUGUAUUCUCAAGAUGAUAAUAUAUUAUGUAUUAGAAUUGCUGAAAAAUUGAAAAUGAAGUUGAGAUGUAUGUAUAUAAAGCAAAUGCUGUAUUGGUGCAAUAAUGGUAAUUAAAAUAUAGAAAAUGGU